AUGGUUACUAAUAAUAAUGGGCGGACUAUUUUCCAUAGUGCUGUUAAACACAUAGAUGUUAUAAAGUACCUCAUUCACCAGUCUAACUGUGAUGUAAUGACUCCUGAUAGAUAUGGAAAUACUAUUCUACAUGAUGCAGCUAGUAUAGGAUUACUUGAUGUCAUGAAGUACCUCAUCAAUACUCAUCACUGUAAAGUAAUGGUUGCUAACAAUUAUGGUCAGACUGUUCUUCAUCGUGCUGUUAAACACAUAGAUGUUGUAAAAUACCUCAUUAAGGAGUGUAACUGUGAUAUAACAGUCACUGAUAAGGAUGGACGAACACCUCUUUAUAUUGCUGCCAGUUUGGGUACACCUGAAGUUGUUGAAUACUUUUUAUCAACUGGUAAUUGUGAUCCUUUGGCUAAAGACAAUGAGGGAAGGACACCAUUACAACUAGCUAAAGAGAGAGGUUAUGAUAGUUAUACUGUCAUUGCUAUCUUCAAGAAGUUUG